AUGGCACUCGAAAAAAAUGUUAGGGGCGGCGGCCUUCUCAGGUCGAGACGCUGCCGUCUCCUUCUUGGAGUCUUCAUCUUCAUCGCAAUUCUCGCCGUGGUCAUUCCCCCAGCGGUUGUGAUAACUCUGAGGAAGAAAAACAGCAUGGGUCCGAAGUCUACGGUCUUUGUUCCAUUAUACGUUUACCCAGCGCCUGGCGCCUGGACGCCACUGGAAGAGGUUGUCAAAAGCCAUCCAGACGUCAACUUCACCGUGGUCAUCAACCCAGGGAAUGGCCCCGGGCCCAAUCCCCUGCCCGACGCCAACUAUACGCGCGAGAUCCCAAACCUAGCUAGCUACGACAAUGUGCGCCUCCUCGGAUAUGUGGCCACCACAUAUGCGACGCGAAACAUCAGCCUGGUUCGCAAGGAUAUCGAGACGUACGCCGCGUGGCCGACCCAGAGUGCCAACCGGUCUCUGGCCGUGAACGGGAUCUUCUUUGACGAGACACCCCAGCAGUUCGAUGCUAAUGCCUUGGCAUAUUUCCAAGAGCUGACUGCGCUAGUAAAGCAAAGCAAGGGUUUGGGGCCGGAGAACUUUGUCGUCCACAACCCGGGAGCGGUACCGGACCCUCGCUACCUCCCGACGGCGGACUCGACGGUGGUGUUUGAAGACACGUACGAGACGUUCGUCCAGCGGAACAACGCGAAGAUGUUCACCAACAUCGCCGAUGGCAAUCGGACCGAGCUGUGUGUCAUCAUCCACUCGGUGCCGGACAGUAUCCAAGCCUCGGCGCUGCGCAGCCUGGUCAAGGAUACGCGCGAGGUGGCGGAUGAAGUGUUCAUAACGCACCUGAGCAGCGAUUUUUACGCGAAUUUCGAUCCGAACAUGGGGGAAUUUGUUGACCUGAUGGCGAAAUCGUGA